UAGGCCUUCAGUUGAAAUCGAAGCGUCCAAGCGAGCGGUGUUGAUUCAAAUUCAAAAGCUGCUGGAAGAGCUGGAAAAGAGAAUCAUUGUGCUCUCUCGCGCUCUCACUUAUUUUUUGACCGCCAAGCCUAACACGUGGGCGAGCAUUAAUAAGUUGUAUUAUUGCUUUAAAAACGUGAGCAAAAACUGCUAUUUUCGACCCGAAAUAUGUCGCAUUGUGUUCUGGUAAUUGGAAGCGGCGGACGGGAGCACGCGAUUUGCUGGAAGUUAUCGCAGUCCCCGAAAAUAGCUAAAAUAUACGCAUUGCCCGGCAGCCAUGGAAUUCAGCAAGUAGACAAGUGCCAGAAUCUGGAAGCCGCUACCUUGGAUCCUAAGGACUUCGAGGCUAUUGCCAAAUGGAGUAAAGAAAAUCAGAUCUCCCUAGUUAUUGUCGGACCCGAAGAUCCGUUGGCUCUGGGCUUGGGCGAUGUGCUUCGAAGUAAGGGAAUCGCCUGCUUUGGACCUGGCAAGCAGGGUGCCCAAAUCGAGGCGGACAAAAAGUGGUCCAAGGACUUUAUGCUGCGCCAUGGCAUUCCAACGGCACGCUAUGAGAGUUUCACGGACACGGCAAAAGCCAAGGCAUUCAUCAGAAGCGCCCCUUACCCAGCGCUGGUGGUGAAGGCCGCUGGUUUAGCGGCAGGAAAGGGCGUGGUGGUGGCCGCCAAUGCGGAUGAAGCCUGCCAAGCGGUGGACGAGAUCCUGGGACAGCUAAAGUACGGACAGGCGGGAGCCACACUGGUGAUAGAAGAGCUAAUAGAGGGCGAAGAGGUAUCCGUGUUGGCCUUCACGGAUGGCAAAAGUGUGCGCGCCAUGCUUCCCGCCCAGGAUCACAAGCGUUUGGGCAACGGUGACACUGGUCCGAACACCGGAGGCAUGGGGGCCUACUGCCCGUGUCCCUUGAUCAGCCAACCAGCCCUCGAACUGGUCCAAGACGCAGUGCUGGAAAGGGCGGUACAGGGUCUAAUCAAGGAGAGGAUCACCUACCAGGGCGUCCUCUACGCGGGACUCAUGCUGACACGUGACGGUCCUCGUGUUUUAGAGUUCAACUGUAGGUUCGGCGAUCCCGAAACCCAGGUUAUUUUGCCGCUGCUCGAAACUGAUCUCUUUGAAGUAAUGCAGGCCUGCUGCAAGGGACAGCUGGAAAAGAUUACCCUGCAAUGGCGCAAUGGAAUAAGUGCUGUGGGUGUGAUCCUAGCCAGUGCUGGCUAUCCAGAAACCUCUACCAAGGGAUGCCUUAUAUCUGGACUUCCGGCUGCAAAUUCUCCCACUCAAUUGGUUUUUCAUAGCGGCCUUGCUGUGAAUCCACAGAAGGAAGCCUUGACCAAUGGCGGUCGGGUCCUCAUUGCCAUAGCUCUGGACGGCAGCUUAAAGGAGGCCGCUGCCAGGGCCACGAAGUUGGCUGGCAGCAUUACAUUUUCGGGAUCUGGAGCUCAGUACAGAACGGACAUUGCCCAGAAGGCAGUCAAAAUAGCUACUGCAAGUUCACCGGGACUGAAUUACAAGGACAGCGGCGUGGACAUAGACGCUGGGGAUGCUCUCGUGCAACGCAUCAAGCCGUUGUCCCGUGGCACCCAGCGGCCUGGCGUCCUCGGUGGUUUGGGUGGAUUCGGAGGACUGUUCCGCAUAAAGGAUCUCAGCUACAAAGAGCCGGUAAUUGUCGAGGCCACUCAGGGGGUGGGCGCCAAGAUCCAUCUAGCCCUGGAGCACGAACUGUACGAAAAUGUAGGCUACGACUUGUUCGCCCUGGCCGCAAACGAUCUCCUGGAACUGGGCGCUGAACCAGUGGCUUUCCUGGACUACAUUGCCUGCGGCAAGCUGCACGUUCCACUGGCUGCCCAGCUGGUCAAGGGAAUGGCUGAUGGUUGUCGCGAUGCGCGUUGCGCAUUAGUUGGUGGCGAAACUGCGGAGAUGCCAUCUCUUUAUGGACCCGGCCAACACGACAUGGCUGGCUAUUGCGUGGGAAUCGUGGAGCAGGCUCGGGUUCUGCCCCGUUUUGAUCUUUACCAGCCGGGUGACCUUCUUGUCGGUCUGCCAUCGUCUGGACUUCAUUGCGCUGGCUUCAAUGAGAUACUUACCCAGUUGGCUGCAUUAAAAGUUAAUCUCAGAGAUUGUUCACCCGUUGACGGAAGCGAGGAUGGCCUGACCUUGGCUCAUGUCCUGGCCACGCCCACACGCCAGUAUGUCCAGCAAUUGCUGCCUUAUCUUCAAAAAGGCAAUGAAAUCAAGGCGGUGUCCCAUGUCACCCAUGGUCUGCUGAACGAUGUCCAGCGCCUUCUGCCCGAAGGCUACGAGACGACGCUAGAUUUCGGUGCGGUCCCAGUACCUAAAAUCUUUGGUUGGCUGUCAGGAAAGCUAAAGCUCAGUGCCCAGACACUUCUGGAGCGUCAUAACUGCGGCAUUGGCAUGGUUCUGAUCCUGCCUCAGUCGAGUCAACUGUGGCGGACAUCCCUGCCUGGAGCCAAAGUGCUGGGUGUCUUGCAGCGGCGGUCAAAAGCCAGUGGUUCUCCCGUCCAGGUGCGCAACUUUGUGGAGCAAUUGCAGAAAGUGGCUUCUCCGUUCGGUGGCACUGGCGAAGGUGAGCUUCCAGUGGAGCUCGAGGAACUGACCUCCAAGCUGAGUUUAACAGCUCCACGCCAAGAUUGCUUUGAAAACGCAUCUGGACGUCGGCUAACACGCAUUCCCACUCACUACAAGGAUCCCAUUCUCAUCCUGGGUACCGAUGGCGUCGGCACGAAACUAAAAAUAGCACAGCAAACGAAUCGCAACGCCAGCGUGGGAAUCGAUUUGGUGGCCAUGUGCGUGAACGACAUCAUUUGUAAUGGAGCUGAACCCCUCAGCUUCUCCAGCUACUAUGCAUGCGGACACUGGCAGGAGGAGUUGGCCAAGGAGGUGCUUUCUGGGGUUCUGGAGGGCGCCAGGCAGGCCAACAGCAGUUUUAUUGAUUCCCACAGUGCUGCUCUACCGCUGCUGUACGAGCCUCAGGUCUAUGACUUGGCUGGCUUUGCCUUGGGCAUAGCUGAACGCUCCGGCAUCCUGCCGCUUUUGGAGGAAAUUCAUCAAGGAGAUGUGCUCAUCGGCUUACCCUCGUCUGGUGUCCACAGCAAUGGAUUUAGCUUGGUCCACGCCGUCCUGAAGCGUGUGGGAUUAGGACUCAACGACAAGGCGCCUUUCAGCGAGAAGACGUUGGGCGAGGAGUUGCUGGUGCCCACUAAAAUAUAUGUCCAGGCAUUGUGCUCACUGCUUUCCAAAGGGAAUCACGGCAUCAAAGCUUUGGCCCACAUCACAGGAGGUGGUCUCAGCGAGAAUAUACCGCGAGUGUUGCGAAAGGACCUGGCCGUGCGCCUUGAUGCCAAUAAGUUCCAGCUUCCUCCCGUUUUCGCAUGGCUAGCGUCAGCCGGAAACAUCAGUUCAACCGAGCUGCAGCGCACCUACAACUGUGGAUUGGGCAUGAUCCUGGUGGUGGCCCCUACGGAGGUGGAGAGUGUACUCAAAGAGUUACGUUAUCCACAACGUGCUGCUGUUGUCGGGGAGGUGAUUGCCCGCAAAGAUCCGAAGAAACCGCAGGUCUUUGUUCAAAACUUUGAGACGUCAUUGGCCAGGACUCAGAAGAUCCUGACGCUGCCACGAAAACGGGUAGCUGUCCUCAUAUCGGGUACGGGCAGCAACCUGCAGGCACUCAUAGAUGCAUCGCGGGAUUCGGCGCAGGGAGUGCAUGCGGAUAUAGUCCUGGUGAUCAGUAACAAGAAGGGUGUCCUCGGACUGGAACGUGCCGCCCAAGCAGGCGUACCUUCACUGGUCAUCUCCCACAAGGAUUUUGCCAGCCGUGAGGUCUACGAUGCGGAGCUCACGCGAAAUCUAAAGGCGGCUCGCGUGGAUUUGAUUUGUCUUGCUGGUUUCAUGAGAGUCCUGAGUGCUCCGUUUGUUCGGGAGUGGCGGGGACGACUCAUCAACAUCCAUCCCUCGCUGCUACCCAAGUAUCCGGGACUGCAUGUUCAACGGCAGGCAUUGGAGGCGGGCGAAAAGGAGUCCGGCUGCACUGUUCACUUUGUGGACGAGGGCGUAGAUACGGGAGCGAUCCUGGUUCAGGCCGCAGUUCCCAUUUUGCCCGAUGAUGAUGAGGAUUCCCUGACGCAACGCAUCCAUAAGGCUGAGCAUUGGGCUUUCCCAAAAGCAUUGGCGCUCCUGGCGAGCGGAGCAGUUCGACUUGGUCCUGAGGGAGGUCUGUGAAAUCUUAACAAUAGGUUUUUGCGCAUCACAACUUGAAUGGAAAUCACAGGGAUGUAUUUAUGUAAAGAACAUAUGUAUACAGGAAAACUUCCCAAACUCGAAGACUAUAAAAGUCAAAUUAGUUUUAAUAACAAUCUCUUAUUAGUUGUGAAAAAGUUUUGAUAGGCUAAGCAUGACGUUUUUUACAAAUAAAUAUUAUAAAAAAAAUAUAACAA